AUGGGGAAAUUACCUGGUAGUAAACGUCCUCAUAAUGUUCAAAUGGAAGAGACAGAAGGCGAGGUUGACAAUAUGAAAGGCGGAUAUGAGAAACCUUUUCUCAAGAAAAUUUGCAAUGGUUUGUGUGAGAAUCCUUUCUUGUUUGAUCAGCUUGAUGAAAAUGUAAAAGAGAGAUUAUCACAAAACGCGAGAAGGUUGGUGGAAUAUGUUGAAUUCAAGGAAAAUAAUGGUGGAGUGAAACAACCGUUCAGUGAAUGUAUAAAGAAUUAUGAUGAAAAGCAAAAGAGACAGAGAUUUCGAUAUGCUUUAAGAACUAAAUCCAAUUUCGGGGUACAUUUUAAUCGUAUGGGAGAAAGUGUUAUUGAAGAGAAAUCAAUUUCACGUGAUAACCUUGUUUGCUCGAGUCAACUCGUUAAAACUGAUUCUGAGGAUAAUAUGCAUCCUACGAAAACGAAGAAAUUACCGAAAAGGGCGACACGCAAAAUACUACCUAAAAUCUCAUUAUCUUCAAUCCAACGAAUAACUCCACCGAUUAUACAAGAACCUAAUUGGGUUAGUUUCAUUGAAAGUCCAACAUUGACAACACCAAAGUCAUCCCCGUUGGAGUCAGUUUCUGUCAACAAAUUGAACGAUUUUUCUUACGCCAUUCAAGACUAUUCCGAGAGAACAGCAAUUGCUGCCGAAGGAAUGAUGAUGUUAUCAACGUCGCCUUCUUCGAGCUCUUCCGGUGGAAUGACAACGCCGGAGAAGGAGACUUUUAAAGAAACAACGAUUGAUAGUAUCUAA